UUGGUGAUCGACGUUGAGCGGCAAAUCGACUUACUGACAGUACCUCUUGCAGUCGACGAGAACGAAGAUGAAUUUGAUGAUGCAGAUGAACCUACGGUUGGAGAAGGGGUGCUGCAUGAAGAAGACGUUCGAGCUGCUAUUCUUGAGCUGGUGGACCUGGCAAUUGAGGAGGAGUUUCCGCGUGAGUUUAAGAAGGAGCUCGCUCGCAUUGCGCUGCGCUUCGACUUGUUUCGAGUUCGCUUGGGUGCGGAUCCUCCUGCUAAAGUGCCGCCAAUGCGUAUCCGC